UUCUUGUCAAACAAUACAAUAAUCUUUGCUACCGUAACAUUCUCUUCCAAAUCUCAUCUCAUUAUCCCAUUGAUUUCCCAAUUUCCCUCAUCAAAUUUCUUAAACCUUUCUGAUGAUCAGUGCUUCCUUUUCUGAUUGAAUCGAAUCAUCUGGAGCUAAACAUCUUGCAACUUCCUUGUUAUUUUUAAACCAUAUGUUCUUCUCUGUUCUUGUUUUUCUUCCUGAAUACUACUUAAGCAAACCAGCACUUGAAGAACAACUUGAAUCCAGGACAAAAUGGGUAGAUCAGAUGAUCCGUUUUGGAAGGAAGUUGAAGAUAUGAAUGAUGGAACCAUGAAGUGUAAGUUUUGUGGGCAUUUAUUUGCGAAUGGUACUUCCAUUUCGAGGAUCAAAUGGCAUUUUUCGGGAGAGAGAGGGCAUGGUGUUGGCAUUUGUGGUCAGGUGCCUAAAGAAGUUCAAGGAGCAGCCUUUCUAGCUAUGCGUGGUGGCAACAAAAGACAUAAAAACAUAGCAGGUUCAUGCAAUGUUAAUGAUUAUGCCAUUUCCACCUGUCCACAAGAACAAGACAAUGCAGUACUUGGUAAUUUGGCAGGGGAUGCUGGAAGGAUGCAAGUGGGAGUUCAAGGCAUGAAACAAGGUGUUGGGCAUGAGAGAAUUCAUUCGCGUUUAGAAGCGGCAAAUGGCAUGGAAUACACUGGUGAAGGAUCUUUUCAGCAUGUUGACAGAAGUGUCUCUCCUUGGAGACUCAGAGUUGAUGCUCAUGAGAAUAGAGGAGAAGCAACACAGGGAACAGAUUUAGUGGAUCGAUUUGCUGAUGGUACUUGGGUUCAGAUACACUCUGCCCUUUCAAAGGAGCAGAAGCUGAAUGAAAUCUCUACCUAUUUAAUGCAGGAAGAUGAGGAUGUGGAGCGUCUGCAUGAUGCAUUUGAAACUAUACCGAGAACAGAACAAGUGCAGCAUCUGGAGAGAGGUAUCUCUUGUGAGAGGCCAUCAAUGAAUCAAGCUGAUGAGCCUAGAGGAGAUUCAUCCCAAUUUUGUCUUGACAUUAGAAGAUGUUAUGAUCAACCUUGUGCUCCAUCAGUAAACAAUGAUGUAAAUAGGCAUGAUGAGCAGGACAUGGUUAGAGUGAGGACAGAACCAGUGGAGGAGGAGGACGUGGAGAACUGUGGAAGAUCAGUAGUGCAGGGUGGCGCAGGAGCUAGAUCUUCUGGAAGUCUGAAAUACAACAAGACUAGAGGAGUUCCAUUACCUACUAGCUCUAAAAAGCUAGUGGGUCGAGCAUUUGAAGAGAAUACGAAGGUGACAUGGCCUUUGUUAAUGGAUGAUGAAGUCUCAGUUAUUGGCAUUUACGGGAUGAGGGGAGUUGGUAAAACAACAAUAAUACUACAUAUCUAUAAUGAACUUCUACAAAGACCAGACAUUUGUGAUCAUGUUUGGUGGGUGAUUGUGUCUCAAGAUUUCAGCAUUAAUAAAUUGCAGAAUCUUAUUGGUAAACAUCUUGAUCUAGACCUUUCAAGUGAAGAUGAUGAUCGACACAGAGCUGCCAAAUUAUCAGAAGAACUAAUGAAGAAACAAAAAUGAAUUCUCAUUUUAGAUGAUUUGUGAAACAAUUUUGAGCUACACAAAGUUGGAAUUCCUGAGAAGUUGAAAGGAUGCAAGCUGAUUAUGACAACUCGAUUAGAAACGAUUUGUCAUUGGAUGACAUGCCAACAAAAAAUCAAAGUGAAGCCACUUUCUGAGGGAGAAGCUUGGACUUUGUUCAUGGAGAAACUUGGAUGUGAUAUAGCACUUUCACCAAAAAUGAAAGGAAUUGCGAAAGCUGUUGCAAGGGAAUGUGCUGGUUUGCCAUUGGGAAUUAUUACAGUGGCAGGAAGCUUGAGGGGAGUGGAUGACCUACAUGAGUGGAGAAAUACAUUGAAGAAAUUGAGAGAAUCAGAAUUUAGGGACAAGGAAGUAUUCAAGUUAUUGAGGUUUAGUUAUGAUCGGUUAGGUGAUUUAGCACUACAACAAUGUCUCUUGUACUGUGCAUUAUUUCCUGAAGAUUAUAGGAUUCGGAGGGAGAGGUUGAUAGGUUAUUUGAUCGAUGAGGGAAUAAUUAAAGGAAUGAGGAGUAGGGGAGAUGCAUUUGACGAGGGCCACACGAUGCUUAAUAGACUUGAAUAUGUCUGCCUAUUGGAAAGUGCUCAAAUGACGUAUGUCAAGAUGCAUGACUUGAUUAGGGACAUGGCCAUUCAUAUACUGCUAGAGAACUCUCAAAUCAUGGUGAAAGCAGGUGCGCAAUUAAAAGAGCUGCCAGAUGCAGAGGAGUGGACAGAGAAUCUGACGAGAGUCUCACUAAUGCAAAACCAAAUUAAAGCAAUUCCUUCCAGCUAUUCACCUAGGUGUCCCUAUCUAUCAACUCUAUUGCUAUGUCAAAAUCGUUUGUUGGGAUUUAUUGCGGAUUCAUUUUUCAAGCAAUUGCAUGGGCUCAAGGUCCUCGAUCUAUCUUGCACAGGAAUUGAAAAAUUGCCAGACUCUAUCUCUGAUUUGGUGAGUCUCACUGCAUUAUUGCUUAAUUAUUGUGAAAACUUAAGUCAUGUUCCAUCAUUAAAGAAGCUCAGGGCACUGAAGAGGUUGGAUCUCUAUUGCACUACACUUGAAAAGAUGCCGCAAGGAAUGGAAUGCCUCACCAACCUGAGGUAUCUUAGAAUGAAUGGAUGUGGUGAAAAGGAGUUUCCUAGUGGGAUAUUACCAAAACUCUCUCACCUGCAAGUCUUUGUACUAGAGAAACCGUUAACAGUUAAAGGAAAGGAAGUAGGAUCCUUGAGAAAUUUGGAAACUUUGGAAUGCCAUUUUGAAGGUCUCCCUGACUUCGUGGAGUAUCUCAAAUCUCGGGAUGUCACCCAAUCAUUAAGCACAUACACAAUUUUAGUAGGAAUAAUUGACGGAUCCGAUUAUAUGGGAAUAAUUGAGUAUCCUUUUCCAAGUAAAAGAGUUGGGUUGUUUAAUUUGAGUAUUGACAGAGAUAAAGAUUUUCAGGUCAAGUUCUUAAAUGACAUUCAAGGUUUGGUUUGUGAAUGCAUCGAUGCAAGAAGUUUAUGUGAUGUUUUGUCAUUAGAGAAUGCACUUGAAUUGGAGGAAAUCAGCAUUCGGGGUUGCAAUAACAUGGAGAGCUUGGUUUCAUCUUCUUGGUUCUGCUCUGCUCCACCACCAUUGCCAUCAUAUAAUGGUAUGUUUUCUGGUCUUAAAGAGUUUUAUUGCAGUGGAUGUAAAAGUAUGAAGAAGUUGUUCCCACUUGUGUUGCUGCCAAACCUCGUGAACCUGGAAAGGAUUGAAGUGGUGCUCUGUAAGAAAAUGGAGGAGAUAAUAGGAACAACAGAUGAAGAAAGCAGCACCUCCAAUUCUAUUACGGAAUUCAUUCUCCCAAAGUUCAGAACUCUGGCAUUGUCUGAAUUACCAGAACUGAAAAGCAUUUGCAGUGCAAAACUGAUUUGCAAUUCUCUCGAAGAAAUUAUAGUAAUAAAAUGUGAGAAGCUGAAGAGGAUGCCAAUCUGUCUUCCGUUGCUUGAAAAUGGCCAGCUAUCCCCUCCCCCGUCUCUUAAAUACAUCCGAGCAUAUCCAAAAGAAUGGUGGGAGACAGUAGUGGAGUGGGAGGAUCCUAAUGCAAAGGAUGUCCUUCGUCCCUUUGUAAAGUUUGGGUUAGUUUGAGGAGCCAUCUCAUCCUUUCGUUAAUCCCUUCAUUGUAAGAAUACUAAUUGAUUGUAACAUAAUUAUUUUUGAUAUGAAUGAUGAAAAUAGUCAACAAGGAUAUUUUUAUUAAUUAA